GUUAUGCGUAUCCACCGUCAUUAGUGACAACUUCCUGAAGGCCGUGAAUUUUAUACGGGAUAAGACACAAAGGCCUUGACACUGGAUUAAGACCUACAAAUUUCAUACAAUGGCAUGUGAGGGAAGUUCGUGUUGUUCCUGUUGUUCGAGAUGUCACAGAAAAUGGGAAUCUUUGAUAGAGAAUGCAUUUGGCAGGCUCGGUUCUUUCAUUUCAUCAUAUCCCGUGAAAUUAAUGAUCGUGUGUAUUGUUGUCAACUUGCUUCUGACCAUUGGAAUCAUGAAUAUAGAAGUCGAAAAUGGUGUAGAAACACUAUAUACCCCGAUGGAUAGUCAAGCAAUAAAAGACCGGUCUGUAUUACGAAACCUAUACGGAGAUUCCACGACCAGUAGUUUUCGUUCUUACCAACUUUCAGACUUUGGACUGUAUGGCGAUGUAAUGAUUCUCUCUAAAAAUAAGACUACAAUAAUGAGCCAAGCCUAUGUUGAUGAAAUAAACAACAUCAAUACUAUAAUCAGAAACACUAUAAUUGUUAGCGAUUCCUCUGGACAAACCUAUACUUAUGAUGAUCUGAGUGCAGGUUCGAAUCCUAACGAAGGAAUUGCUAGUGCUGUUGUACUAUUGAAUACAUUUCAAGACAAUUUCAUAAUCCCUAAUAUAACCUAUCCAGUGUAUGGGGAAUAUAUCUUGUCGCCCUUUCUUGCACAGGCAGUUUCUGCUAGCGGAAUGUUAAAUUCUGCAAUUGGAGUAAAAUUGCAGUACUAUCUUCGACAAAGUAAUACAAGUGCAGCGGAACUUUCAAAGAAAUAGGAAAAGGCAUUUGUUACCAAAAUGGAGAACCUGCAAACAAAUCUGACAGAUAUUGCCUACACAUCCUCAGAUUCCCUCGGAACAGAAUUGGACAAAAACACAAAUAGCGACAUAAAAAUUUUCUCCGUUACGUUUACGCUCAUGAUGACAUUUGCAUCUAUUGCUUCGUUGACCAUCAAUUGCAAUAAUGUAGCUAAUCGUAUGAAUUUAGGAAUAGCAGGUGUUAUUGCCCCCGUGUUGGCCAUCGCCUCAGCCUUCGGAUUUGUGAGUGCAAUUGGAGUGGAGUUCACCAACAUCGUUGGUGUAAUGCCGUUUUUGGUUGUCGGGAUUGGUAUAGAUGAGAUGUUCAUCCUCAUGUCCGGAAUGGCGGAUGCCCCACCUCUGUCUGAAGUAUCCAUCAAACAAAGAGUGAUCUUCAUGAUGCAGAAGGGCGCAGUUGCCAUAACGAUUACGUCACUGACAGAUUUGCUGGCUUUUGUCGUUGGAGCAUCGUCAGUAUUCAAAAGUAUUCGGAAUUUCUGCAUUUACACAGGUGUGUCGGUGUUCUUUUGUUAUUUAAAUCAACUUUUCUUUUUGUGUCCGGCUAUAACGAUUAAUGAACAUAGAACAAAGGGGAGCAAACAUUUCUGUUGUUCUUGUAAAACUGUAAGACCGAGAAACCAAUACGAAAAUAAGUCAAAAUGUUUUCUCUUAUGUGUUCCUGGAUUGCCCCCCGAAACGAGACUUGAUGUGGAAAGUCCAAUGGAAAAAUAUCCCAAAAAGUUUAUCCUUUUCAUCUUAAAUCAUACUGUCGGAAAAUGUUUCGUCAUUGUUGUAUUCCUCGCUUACCUAAGUUCUUCAAUAUAUGGAUGUGUAAAUCUUCAACAAGGCCUUCAGCUCUUCAAUUUAGUUUCAAAAGAUUCCUAUUUCUACAAGUAUAGUGUGUGGGACGAAAAUUAUUUCACCACUGAACCAAUGAUUACGCUUUGUGUGACUUCAGAACAAGAAUACCACAGGAGUGAAACACAAAAUCUUAUAAAUUCUGUGUUAUCCAAGACAAAAUUGGACAGUUACAUUGACGACAAUGUUGAGAUAAAUUGGCUUACAAGUUACAAGCAAUCUGCACACUAUAAUGCCGCCACCGAAUCAAAUUUUGUUAGUGGUCUGAAGGACUUCUUGGCGUCACAGAGUGGACAAUCCUUUGAAAACGACAUUGUUUUCGAUACUUCUAGAAGCAAAGUUCUGUCAUCCAAAUUUUAUGUUAAGGCAAAGAACAUGAAAACAUCAAGUGGACAAGGGGAUUUCAUGAAACGUAUGAGAGAAAUCACGGAAAAUACGGCACUUCCCUGUAUACUCUAUACCCCGGCUUUCGUUUUCUUCGAACAAUAUGUACAAAUCCUGCCUAGCACUCUCCAAACUCUGGGUAUUGCAAUUGCUGCAAUGCUGGUCGUAACGUUUAUAUUCAUGCCGGAUUUGCGAGUCGUUGCCAUAGUAUGCAUCACACUUAUUAGCAUCCUGUCCGGAAUAUUGGGUUUUAUGUACUACUGGGAUCUGACAUUGAGCUCAAUAACUAUGAUUCAUUUGGUAAUGAGUGUAGGGUUUUAUGUCGAUUUUAGCGUCCACAUUUGUCACGCCUUCAUGUCUGUUGAGGGAAACAGUCGCGAAACAAUCCUAAAAAACGCUAUUGAUAGAUCCGAUGGUCCUGUCGUCAACGCUGCUUUUUCCACGCUAUUGGGGAUACUGAUGCUUGCAUUUUCCAGCAGCUACAUUUUUCAAUCUUUCGGUAUUCUAAUGUUUUUGGUAAUUGGAUUCGGACUGAUUCAUGCUGCGUUCUUUCUUCCUUUAUUACUGUAUGCGCUCUUUCCCUGCUUCCACACUAUUGGCACUGGAAGGGUAAUCGAUUCACCAGUCGAUUCUAUGUCCCGAAGAGCUUCGUCGGAACUAUUUUGGACAUCAUUUGACAAUACGAACGAUAAAAAACAUAAGGAAACGCCGAUCGAUAAGCAAAAAUCUUCUAUCAAUGGGGAUCUAUCGGCAUGUCAAACAGUCCCUUCACCAAGACCAAAAUCGUCGAGACCUAAUAGCCGUUCUAACCACGAUGAAAACAUUCGACAAGGCUAAGUUAAAGAUAUCUGUGACGGGUAUAAGAUGUACCAACCUCACAAA